AAAUUAUACGUAUUUAUAUCGCCACACCACUUUGGAUAUUAUCCGUAUUUUUUAUUAAAGUAACCUAUUUAUAUCUGGUUUAAGUCGUUUUUACGGCUAAACGCGCCAAUUAAUCAAAUAUAAUUCCGUAAAUCGUCCGCAACGCGUCGAUAAUAACCGUCGUCUUCGGUUUCCGCCUUAAUCUAAAGUCCGGGACGUAAGUGCGACGUCGUCAUGCGCGGUCGAACGACCCGUGGCUGCUGUUGUUUUAACACCGAGAAGGGUUCGGUAGCCGUCGGUAUUUACACCGCGGUGAUAUCGUCGGCGGCCGUGGUUAACGUUUCCUGCGCGUUUUGUCAGUCCAGCCGGAUCUUUAAGAGUUACCCACUCCCGCCGGACUACGAAUCGACAGACGCACAAUAUGGAAAAUGGCAGAGAGGCUUUUUAAUGGGAAUUCUGAUUUUUCAUAUUAUUUGGUUUUUAAGCAGUUUGCUUUUAAUUUACGGCGCUAUAAAGGUAUAUUUCGCGGCCAAGAUACUCUUAUACUGUUACAUCAUCGCCACGUACGAAGACGACGAAGAAUUUCUGAAAGACAAAAGUCCUUACGACGUAAAAGGGAUUAAAGCCACCAUAGCCGUACAGUUGAUGGUUUACGUAUUUUCCUUCCUGUUCAGCGUGCUCAUGGUAUUAGGAGUGAAACUGGAAGACCACGAAUUAAUACGUCCCUGGUUAAUAAUGGCAUUUCUCUACCUGACCGUACGAGUGGUUCCGGUCGUUUACGGCCUUUAUCGAGGUCACGCGACUCUGGCGGCAGUCGACUGGGUGGACCCGUUAUUAUCGGCUCUUUCCUUCGUUUGCGUCUAUUCCGUUUACAAAGAUAUCGAAGAAUACGGUUAUUGAAACGCCUGUCGUCGUCUUCUCCACCCCGACGGGCGGAAACCUCGGCCUAAUAAAUUUGUAAAGAUAUUUUAAAAAUAAAUUUACUUAGAUUACGACUUAAGUCUUCCGCCUGGUCCCCUCCGUAUAUUUUUUUGGUUCGA